GCACACGUGACAUGACCGAGAGACCGACCCGCUGCCCCUCCUCUGAGGACACCAACCAGGAGCUGAAAGACGAGCCUUUUGGUCAGUCGUUCUCGUCAACCAGAGGGGUGAACAAGCACUACUAUGAGUGGCUGUCCUAUGACAAAUGGCGUUGGUCAUCAUGAAGACUCUGGCUCGACUCCGCUGUCAGAGUCUGUGACUGGCGGUGGCAUGCUUUAUGGAAAGUAUUUGCAAUUGGACAAAAUUGUGGGUGCUCAGCGUCUGCUGAGCGAAGAGGCCAACAGAUUGGUGCACGACGAGCAUCUUUUUAUCGUCACCCACCAAGCUUACGAGUUGUGGUUCAAGCAGAUCAUUUACGAGCUUGACUCCAUCCGCAACCUCUUCAAUAAUGAGGAUCUUGCAGAAACGGGGACACUGGAAGUGCUAAAAAGGCUCAACAGAAUCGUCCUUAUCUUGAAGCUGCUUGUGGACCAAGUCAUGAUUUUGGAGACAAUGACUCCACUGGACUUUAUGGACUUCCGCAGCUUUUUGUCUCCCGCUUCCGGUUUUCAGAGCCUCCAGUUCCGACUUCUUGAGAACAAGCUUGGAAUUAAACCCGGGGUUAGAGUCAAGUACAACAAAAGCUACAGCAGCGUGUUUGGAGAUGACCCUGAAGGCAUGGCAUCUCUAAUACGGUCCGAAGCAGAACCAACCCUGGCAGAGCUGGUGGAGAAAUGGCUGUCAAGAACGCCUGGACUUGAGAAAGAGGGAUUCGACUUUUGGGGAAAAUAUCAAAGCGCCGUCCACGAAAUGCUUCAGGAACUGAAGGACAAAGCUGAUGCUGCAAAAGACGGAACUGCAAAAACGUUUGCCUUGAACAGCUACGCAAAACGCAAGGCAAUUUUUGACUCGAUUUUCGACCCAGCCGUUCACGAUGCUUUGAUCAAACGAGGAGAACGCCGUUUUUCACACAAGGCUCUGCAGGGUGCAAUCAUGAUAACGUUCUACCGCGAUGAGCCAAGAUUUUCGCAACCGCACCAGCUUUUGAUGUUACUCAUGGACAUUGACUCACUCAUCACCAAGUGGAGAUACAACCACGUCAUUAUGGUGCAGCGCAUGAUCGGAUCCCAGAAUAUGGGCACAGGAGGUUCGUCUGGCUACCAAUACUUGAGGGCUACGCUAGGGGACCAAUACAAAGUGUUCCUCGAUUUAUUCAACCUCUCCACGUUCUUGAUUCCUCGCAACUGUAUUCCAACCCUAACACGCGACAUGAAGUCCAAGUUGGGCGUCCAGCAAACCUCAAAGGAUGCGGAUGACAACAAAACUGAUAAGGAGAAGAUUUAAGCCAAGGACGGCCUCACUUAAAUAACUUUAAUCCUGCGUGCAAAAUGCUCUUCGUUUAAUAGUUGGUGGUGGUUUUUCACAAGGAAAUUAAAAGUAGGAUUUGCAUCAUAGGAAGUUGUGACCCAAAAGUAUAAAAAGUUAUUUUACCAGUUCAUAGCAAUAAACUCAUUAUCAGUUUAA